UAAUGUACUUCGGAAUGCAUCGAGACCAUGACAGUCAAAAUUCCCCAAGCAGAACCAAACACACCAAAGUGAUUCUUGUGCUUCCAUAUGCAGAUGACUUUGAGAACAACAACACUGAGAGUGGCUUCUGUGGGUUGGGCAAAGAGAGGGUUUCCUUCGUCAAGAACCUCCCGCUUCAACGUCUCUUGCGCGGCAAAGCCUGAGACAGUGCAGAAAGCGUGUGAGAUUGUGAGGAGGCAACUUGCUUUGCCUCCCGAGUCCGAACUCACCCCCGAAUCCGAGUUCUCAACACUUGGGGCUGACUCCCUCGACACGUGAUGGGAGCUGGAGGAAGAGUUUGGGAUCACAGUGGAGGAGGAGAGCUCUGAGAACAUAAAACAACUGUGCAAGAAGCAGCUGAUUUGAUAGAGAAACUAGUGCAGAAGAAAGCCAAAGCUUGAUAAUUGUUUCAGGAGAUCGAUAUGAAUUCUCGACAACUACUUCAUGGAGCUUAAUUGGUUCAUUUUGUUCGCAGCUUUUUAUUUCUUUUGAUGGGAAAAUUUGACGUUCAAAUCAUGUCUUGUCAUUUUUUUUUUCGUGCUAAGCGAACAUGAUGCCAGUAGCAGUGACUUGGAAAAUGUGUUUUUUUGUUUUCAGCAGCCUGUUAUUUUCAAGGGAAAGCAGGCAAGGGCAGUGUCCAUGUACAUUUUGGCUUUGGGAAACCUCUUUUUUAACUUUAUGAGUAUUUCUGGUU